AUGUUUAUUGAAUCAUUAGCUCCUCCCGUUACAGUCCAUGAGUAUGGUGACAGAUACACUUUAAUUGGUCCAUUGAUACAAGCAUAUGCUGUUGCAGAAGUUGAAAUAGAGGAAGUUACUAAUCCUUAUAUCAAAGAGAUUCUUGAUGAGAUGACAAGACAAAAUGUUAGAUGGAUGUAUGGUCGUUGGUUGAUCGAAGGAUCAUCAAUACCACGUCGUUUUAUAAUAAUUGGAAAUGGAUAUUCAUCCAUCUCCUCCCCUUCCUCUCCCUCCUCCCCUUCCUCCUCCUCCCCUUCUUCAGUUGAUCUCGGCUUUCUAAAACCAAAAUUUGUUAUUCCAUCUGUAAUAUCAUCAACAUCAACUAAAUUGCUACCACGAAUUCUUGGUGAUCCUGGUGCUGAUAAUGAUAGAAGGAUGAAAUCUGUAGAGGAAUCGGUUCAACAGCUAGCUGACAACAUGUUGGAAUUCUGUCAAAAAUCAAGACGUCAACGCAUCAAUCAACGUAAUCGAACCGAACGAUUAUCAGAUAUUUUGGAUUGGAAAUUGAUGGGAAUGGAAUAUGUAAGAGCUAGAAAUUUAGCAUUACAUAGGGCAUAUCCCGAUUCAUUUGCUGGCUCGGAACUAAGUGAUUUUCAACAUUACAAAACCAAAAUUCCAAAACCAUUAUCAGCACCAGGAUCACCAAGAAUUCGUGGUAGCAAUUUAGUUGAUGUUGAUGAUAUUACAGAUGGAAUAACAAAUUUUGAAGCGAUAGGUACCACUCUUCAGUGA